AUGAAGAGUUUGUUCGUUUGCCUGUUGUUGGCUCUGGCUGGGCAAUCCCUUGCUCAAAGCCAGGAUGAGUUCGUGGAGUACCUGCUGGAGAUCCAGUACCAGGCCGAAGCCAUCCACCAGCUGAUGGAGGGCACGUUCGAUAAUGUACGCUUCUCGAUGAGCGACCAGCUGGUCGAGCUGAACCGCCAGUUGAUUGAGCGUAUGAACGAUGCCCUGGAGGAGGUCGAGCAGAUCCGCGAGGACACGGAAGAUUUCGUUGGAGAAUCGUCGGCUCCGGCUAGCUGUGUCAACGUGGCCACCGCCAACUGGGAAAUCGAAAUCGACUGGGUCGGACAGGCUCUGUCGCGUUGCGCCAGCCAGGCCAACAUAGAGAUCACCUCGCGCACUGCCGAUGUUCAUGCUGCUUUGGAAGCCGCUCAGGUGGCAUCGACCGAACUGCAGAACAUCGUCGUCCGUGGCUUCAUUGACUGGAACGCCAUCGACUACACCGAGCAGAUCUCGGCAAUCGUCGGCACUCAGAUUCAGGACAGAUACGAAUACUUCACCAGAAUCACUCAGCCCAACCUGGAACGCACUCUGCAGGAAGUCUUCGAUCUCGAUGACGAACUGCUGCCCGAGAUUGUGACCUGCGUCAACCGUGGUGUGGAGCGUUUCAACAACUACGGCCGUGUCAUCCGCGACACGCUGUUCUUCUGCGCGCAAUAA